AUGGCCGCCAGCAAUCGGGAUGAGAAAGAUGGAGAUUUUAAUGUUUUGGACUAUAUCUUAGGAGAGGCAUACGAUCAGGAUGACUCUUUGUGUCACCCUGAAAUGGAACAAGAUGAAAAUGAGGAACGGGCCUCCAAAAGAAGAUGUGAUCGAAUGGAAACUACCCAACGCGAGAGUCAAGAAUCCCCUGAGUGGUCCCGAGAAUUGACUCCAGAGCCACCUGGCUCACCUAUGAGCACAGAGCCAUGUGGAAGUCCACGUCCGCGAGGCAAGCACAAGAGAUCAUCAUCUUCCGUUGCUGCUGUUCCGGAAGACCCCACGAGGAGGCUUCGAUAUAUUCUGCGGGAUGCGAGAUUCUUCCUCAUAAAGAGCAGCAACCGUGAAAACAUCUCCCUUGCCAAAGCCAGGGGUAUAUGGUCGACCCUGCCAGCAAAUGAAAAGAAACUGAAUGCUGCAUUCCGAUCUGCAAGAAAUGUCAUUUUGAUAUUUUCCGUGACAGAGAGUGGAGCUUUUCAAGGCUUUGCGAGACUCUGUUCAGAAUCCCACCACGGAGGACCUCCUAUACAUUGGGUUUUGCCUGAAGGCAUGAAUCUUAAGACCCUUGGAGGGGUCUUCAGAAUUGCCUGGAUUUGCAGGCACGAAUUGCCCUUCACCAAAUGUGUUCACCUUACCAACGCUUUGAAUGGACAUAAGCCAGUUAAAAUUGGACGUGACGGUCAGGAAGUUGACCUCGAAUGUGCAACGGAGCUAUGUCUCCUCUUUCCCCCCGAUGAAGGCGUUGACCUGUAUCAGGUCAUGGGUGACAGGCACCACCAGGUAAGAGUGCUUUCACCCUUGCGUUCCAGAGGACUUCCACCCCGCCGAGAAGCGGACCGGGAUGCGAGAAGGCGUCGUCGGUCAGAAGAUGACGAGGUUCAUAACAGCAGGAAGAGACCGAGGAUGGACUACGCCCCUGGGUUUCGUGAGAGACCAGCGCGUAGGGAGGACGCACGCCAUCCAGCAGCGGACAGAAGAUUUUCAGGAGUUGCCAGAGGUGUUUUCAUGAAGGGCUCCUACGAGGAUGACCUGAGAGCAUUUCACAACAGCAGGCCACCAAGGCCAAUGCGGGACAUGUCCCCUGGUCGAGGAAGGGGACAGCCUUCCUACCGCGCUGGCCACCAGCAGCGUGCUCUCCCUUUCCAGGACUCUCGGUCAGGACGUCGACCUGUGCCACAGGAAGCAAGACACAGAGGUCAACCAGCAUGUGAUUCUGAUAGGCGCGUAGAGGACUUCCUGCGUGAAACACGAGCUAUCUUUGGCUCUCAGAGACGGAGACCCCGUGAAUGGGAUCGACCCGGAGAAUGUGAUAGUUCCCCAUAUGGCCGGAGAGACAGGGAGGCGCGUGAAUGGCGAGAGAGGAGGAGAGACGAGGAGAGAAGAGAGAGGAGAAGACGGGAGAGGAGACUGACGCGAUGCAGCUGCCCCGAACAUCUUCCAUUCAUCUCCUGA